AUGACCAAGUUUUUCAACCACGAGCAUAUAGCUUCAUCCAAGCAGAAUCAUUCUUUGAAAUUUCAUCUGUUCCCUUGCCUCCCCCGGGAAAUCCGUCUACAUAUCUGGUCUCUAUCUCUGAGCCAACACCGCUUCAUCCCAAUCUGGGUCAGCAGCACGACUGAUGAUUCCAACCCAGACCAAAAUAAUCGGUCGCGAUUGUACUCUAGUUACAACUAUUUGGGCAAUAUCAUCAGCGGCAGUCAUUAUGAGCUCUCAAUCAAUGAUUCUGUAUCGAAUACAGUCAGCCCAUUUCUAUCCACCACAAUAGAAUCCAGGUCGGCUGCGCUAGAUUUCUUUCACAUAUGCCUACCUAUCGCUCGAGGUCAGGUUAGGAUUAGCCCCGAGUAUGAUGUUUUGUUCUUGCAGUCCUGGGACAAAGAUCCUUCUUUGCUCGCCAAUAUACUCCAUGAUAUCAGAGCAUACGAUCCAAAAGAUGAGGGUCUCCUACAUCUGGCCCUAGCGCACGCAGAAAAGAGUACUUUCUUCAACGUUCCGCAACCCUCCAAUCUACUAUCCGGACAUACUGCGCUUCUUGUUGACGAGGAUUUCGACGCAUUCCUGCAUCAUGAAACGAAUGAUGAGGUGCCAUAUGAUCCUCCUGUGGAUAAAGGUGAACAAGAUGUGCAAGCUGUAUCCCCACAAGUCACAGACAACGCUAUGAUAGACGACAAUGAAACAGGUGCCUUUCACGAUGAAACACUCAGCUUCUUGACCCGUCAGAGUCGAGAACGUAGUGAUAAUUUCCCGAGUAGCGUAAGUAAAAAAAAAGAUGACAUUCACUCCAUAGCCACCGCAUCUCUCGUCGAUAUACUGAGCAACAAGCUUCGGUCACUGUGGUGUGUUGAACAGCCAAUACGCAAGACGAGAAAUUCCUAUCGCCACCAUCGAACAGCCCAUCAUCGCCCAAUGUCUCCCUUGACAAAGACCUGCCCUACCAUGCCAUCUCUGGAUAGGAUUGAUAGAUCCUACAUUAAGUUCGACUGGCUCGAGAAUGACCCUAGACCCGUCAAGCUAGAUCUGAAACAACUGCGCUUCAAAAAGGAUCCCCGCCGAUUCUACCAUAGCUGGCGCGUCCUCGAGAAGACUCUAGGUGUGCAGCAUACUGUCCCUUUCCAAAUUUAUGUUUGCGUAGCAACACAGAUGUCACCGCUCGAAGAGUCGGAACUAGAAAAGAACGUUGCGCGAUACACAUCAACAAAUCCUGCAGUACGCCAGAUAGUCAACCGCCACCACCAGGCUGACCUGGCUGAGUCGGAGAUUGGACCCGAGUUACCAGUUCGUGACUUCGGCUCUCACCUGCAGGUUUCUGGACCUGGCUGUUUGCGUAAUGACGAGAGUUACACGCAGUUGGAGAAAGACGCUACGACGACGAUUGGCAUGUGGAUUUUUCCUGGAGAGGCGUUUGGGAUAGUCGAUGAAAAUAACGUCAGUGAGGUAUACGAACGGGUGAAUGUGCGUGCCAAUGUGUCAGACCUUCCUGGUCUUGCAGUACUUGACAUCUGA